AUGACACAAACAAUCUUGCGGGUUGGAAUUCUCACAGAUGGGGGCCAAGCCAUCCAAAACCUCUAUCUCCCUGUUCUCCGAACACUUCACGACUCGUAUCGCGUCGCUGCUAUCUACGACUCCUCCACUCUGUCUCCGAAAGACAGCACGGCCGAUGAUUUGCCUAAGGUUGCUUCUAGCCCGGAAAGGGUUCUGAAUGACCCUUCCGUCGACCUUGUCCUGAACUUCAUGCCGAAUGAAUACCACGAAACAUACACUGUUGCAGCCUUGGAAGCUGGCAAGCAUGUUAUGGUGGAAACUCCCGUCAGCCUGAGUAUUCCGAGCGCUUUGCGCAUAAUUGAGACUGAGAAGCGGGCUCCGAACCAAGCGAAAGUUUUCGUGGCCUCUGCACGUCGGUAUGCGCCUUGUUUCGAGGUCUUUAAGAAAGAAGCCGCCAGCCUGGAUCGGAUAUACUAUGCUCGAUGUCGUAAUAUCGCAGGGCCACACGUGGCGCACACAGCUACUGCGCCGAAGAACAAACACCUGAGGAUAAAGGGGAGUAUACGAGACGGGCUGUCUCUCGACGACCAGCAUGGCGAGCGGCUGCGCCAUUGCCUUCUCCAGGAGGUUUUCCUUGGCGAGGAUUUGACUGAGGAGCGUCUCUCCCUAAGCCGAUUUCUGGCAUCCUUAGGGUGUCAUGACUUGGGCCUGAUGCGCGAUACACUGGGGCAUCCCGAUGCCGUUUCCAACAUUACAGUGAAUGAACCAUUCUACUCGGCCGUGUUCUAUUACAAUGGCAGCGUUAGUCGGGGUCACCAUCCGUUUACUUUGAUAUACGAAACAGGAACCGAUUCCGUUCCUCGAUGUGACGCACACCUAGCUCUCUAUGGUAAUACCAAGACCGUGAGCAUGCAUUAUGAUUUACCUUACGCCCAAGGCAAGCCAUCACGGGUGGUUGUGGAAACAGCGGAUGGCAAGGGGAAUCUGAAAAGAACGGAGAGUGUUAGUAGCUGGGAGGAUGCGUUUAACGCCGAGCUUAAGGCGUUGCAUGCGUACUUGGUUGAGGGAAAGCCUGCCCGGACAACAGCAAAAGACUCCCUCCAGGAUCUCAAAUUGUUUCAAACGAUUUUUGAGCACGUGAAGGGCGGGAGUUAUCGAGGUAUACAAGCACAUUGA